AUGUGGGGGAAGAACGGCAGCAUUGACGUUAUCGAUCUUGGAAAUGAUUUCUUCCUUUUGAAAUUCUAUAAUAUGGAAGACUUGGAUUUUGCACUCAUGGAGGGGCCCUGGAAAAUUCUUGACCACUACUUAACCAUUAGAUGGUGGAAACCAGAAUUCAACCCCCUCACAGCAACAAUAGAUACACUGGCAACUUGGAUUCGUCUCCCAGGCCUUGCGAUAGAGUAUUACAAUAGAACAAUAUUGGAGAAGAUUGGCAACAUUGUUGGGAGGACCAUGAAGAUUGACAUGACAACAGAAAACAUCUCCAGAGAUAAAUAUGCUAGAAUUUGCGUAGAGAUAGAUUUAAGCAAAUCCCUGGUGUCCCAAUACCAGAUCAAUGGUAUCACUCAUCUAGUGAAAUACGAAGGCCUCUAUAUGGUGUGUUUCAACUGCGGCUGCUUUGGACAUGAAAAAUUCUCAUGCCGAAGCUUAAAGUCACAAGAAAAACCAGAAGCCAGUAACAAUAAUGAAGGAAAGGGAGACGAAAAGGCAGGGACGGAGGAAGAAGAAGGGGGCAGAAUUGGAAAAGGGGAGUUAAGUAAGGGCAAAGGCGUAAUUGCAGAGGAGAAUAACGGAUUUGGCCCUUGA